CCUAACUUCACUGCUUUAGCCUGAGUCUUCCGUGUUACUCGCUGUCUGCAACGUCGACGUCCGCUGCUAUCGUCUCCUCGGGUCAUCUAACUUACUACAAUCCACCAUGAAGAUCUAUGCCAUCUCAAUACUCAACACCCCGCAAGGAGGCUCCGCUAAAAUGCUUUCCAGCGCAUCAGAUCUCUCCUCCUUCUCCUUCUACCAACGAGGUACAAUCGCAGAGUUCCUCGCCUUCUUCAGCGGGCUGGUUGCAGAGCGAACAUCCCCUGGCGAGCGUCAGAGUUUCACAGAUGUCGACAAGCAGGACAGCGAGUAUGUCUUCCACGUAUAUAAUCGCGGUGGUGAGCAACCGAUCGCUGGUGUAAUGGUGUCAGAUAAAGAGUACCCUAGACGUGCCGCCUUCUCAGUCCUUACCAAGACCCUCGAAACAUUCUCCACUAAAGUCCUCCCGUCCUCUUACGCCAACCCAUCCUCCAUCUCCUUCCCCGAUCUCAAGGAUUACCUCCAACAAUAUCAAGACCCGCGCAACGCAGAUGCUAUAAUGCGACUCCAGGGAGAACUCGACGAAACGAAACUCGUCAUGCACCAGACUAUCGAAUCUGUUUUGAAACGUGGAGAGAAGCUUGAUGACCUUGUCGUUAGGUCGGAGAUGCUUGGGGCGCAGAGUAAAAGAUUUUACACUACUGCUAAGAGGCAAAACAGGUGCUGCGUUAUUAUGUGAUCGCCCUGUCCCGAGGACUUGGACUCUACACACCACUGGAUAUCCAUUUGUACAUAUUCUUCUUCGUAGCAUACGUUCUGUCAUUCGUUUGUUACAUAUAAUGAAGCAAUGACUCUAUCCU